UGCGCUCUAUAUAGAAUAAAGCAGCAAAUACAAGAAUGCUGCGAGCAUUGCUGCACAGAGGAGGCUACACACGCACACGGAGCUAUCAUACCAAGCAAUGCUUUGGGCACAGAAGGAGACCAUCUCUCGAGUCCAGUCAUGGUCUCCCUAGUUCAGAGUCUCUCAAGUCUCGUGUUGCUGAGGGCAACCUCUGGCGAUUAGCAACUGCUUAUCAGUCACUCGGUCACUCUGUUGCCUCAUUGGACCCCCUUGGACUGACCACACCCACCUUCCCCACCUCCUUACUCCCUGAGAGCUAUGGACUUGACCCACAGGACAGCGUACACACACAAGACAUCCUCUUCUCUUUUCCUGCCUCCACUGCGACUGUAACGGAGGCAGUUGAUUACCUCAGAGACAUGUACAGUGGUCCAAUGUCAUUGGACGCUAGCGCCAUGACAAAUGAAGCUGAGAGAGAGUGGAUGGUUCGUCACUAUGAGAGUUCUCGUCAUUCACCUUUGACCCUCAGUCAACAACAUCGUAUAUCGGAGCUUCUCCUCACGUCUCAAGCGUUUGAUUCGUUCCUGGGGAAGAGAUUUGGGUCAGUCAAGCGUUACAGUGGUGAGGGGGCGGAGUCUAUGAUGGUUUUCUUUGAAUGGUUGUUUGCGGGGGCGGGUGGGAGAGGUGUGAGGGAUGUGAUGGUGUGUAUGCCUCACAGAGGACGGCUUAACCUCCUCACUGGUCUACUAGGUCUUCCUCCGGAGGCUCUCUUCCAUAAGCUACAGGGCAAUGCAGAUUUCCCUGAGGGUGCCCCCUGUACUGGAGAUGUUGUCUCUCAUCUUGUAUCUAGUGUGAACCUACCUGGACCACUCCACGUGUCCUUGCUACCCAAUCCCUCUCAUCUGGAAGCUGUUAAUCCAGUGGCCAUGGGCAAGGCAAGAGGAAGAGAUCUCUCUAGUAAGACAGGACCUUACUCACCUGACGUUCAGUCCUCAGAGGUGAUGACCGUGCAAGUGCAUGGAGAUGCUUCGUUUGCAGCACAGGGUAUUGUACUAGAGACCUUUUCUCUCAACGCUCAUCCGCACUUUGACCUCGGCGGCAGCAUACAUCUUAUAGUCAACAACCAGUUAGGUUUCACUACAGAUGCUACGUAUGGUCGCUCGUGGCAACAGCCGUCAGAUGUUGGGCGUGUCAUCGGAGCACCCAUCCUCCACGUGAAUGGAGAUCAUCCUGAGGAGGUUGCCAGAGCAACUAACAUAGCGAUGGAUUAUCGGAGACAGUUUGAGAAGGAUGUGAUAAUCAAUAUGGUGUGUUUCAGGAGAUGGGGUCACAAUGAGUUGGACAACCCUUCCCUCACACAACCUGGCAUGUACAAGGUCAUUGAGUCUCGUCCCACCGUCCCUGACACAUACGCUCAUGCAUUGGAGAACGAAGGAGUGCUGACCAAAGAGGAGAGAGAUGAGAUAUUAAGUAAGUGCCACGCCCACCUCGAUCAGUGUCUAAUGAAGAGCUCCUCCCACCAUCCACAGCAAAGGCAUUUGAAGGGGGUGUGGCAGGGAAUGGUCGACGCCCCCUCCAGCAUCACACGCUGGGACACUGGCUGUCCAACUGAUCUGCUUAAGUUUGUGGGUUCAAAGUCUGUUCAAUAUCCAGAGAGACUGAGUGUUCACCCUCGACUGGUCAGCUCUCAUGUAGAGGAGAGACUGCGGCGACUGACCUCGGGAAAUGGGUUGGACUGGGCGACUGCUGAAGCUCUGGCUAUGGGCACUCUACUGCUCCAAGGGUUUAAUGUGCGCUUGAGUGGCCAAGAUGUUGGCAGGGGAACGUUUAGUCAUCGCCAUGCUAUGAUAGUGUGUCAGGAGUCUGAGUCAGCGUAUAUCCCUCUCAAUGACCUUUCUCCAGAUCAAGCAGCCUUCCUCGAGGUGGCCAACAGUCCUCUGAGUGAGGAGGCUGUCCUGGGAUAUGAGUACGGUGUGAGUAUAGAGAGCCCUCAACACCUCGUGCUGUGGGAGGCUCAGUUUGGAGAUUUCUUCAAUGGAGCUCAGACGAUCAUAGACACUUUUAUAUGCAGUGGAGAGAGCAAGUGGUUGCUACAGAGUGGUCUUGUGAUGCUGCUACCUCAUGGCUUUGAUGGUGCCGGCCCUGAUCACUCGUCCUCUCAUGUGGAGCGGUUCUUGCAACUCUGUGACAGUUGUGAGGGGAGUGGAGAUGGUGAUAGUGUCAACAUGCACGUGGCCCACCCUACCACACCAGCACAAUACUUCCAUCUGCUGAGGAGACAGAUGGUUCGCAACUUCCGGAAGCCUUUGAUUGUUCAGUCCCCCAAGACUCUCCUCAGACUACCAGCUGCUGUAUCCAGCUUAUCUGAGAUGGGACCUGGUACAACAUUUGAGCCAGUGCUGACAGACAGUACAGUAGUAGAUCCUGGCAAGGUGCAUAGACUGGUGUUCUGCUCAGGGAAGCAUUACUACACUCUGGACAAGCACAGGGCUGAGGCUGGUCUCACAGAUACUGCUAUUAUCAGACUAGAGCUCCUCUGUCCAUUCCCCGGAGGCCUGCUGGCACAGCAACUGUCCAAGUUCCCCAAAGCUAAAGAGUUUGUGUGGAGUCAAGAGGAGCCUGAGAAUAUGGGGCCGUGGGCGUUUGUUGCUCCAAGGUUUAGAAAACUGCUAGGAGUUGAUUUGUCGCUGGUUAGUAGGAAAGUGUGUCCAGCCACUGCAGUGGGUGUGGCCAAAACACAUGCUGACGAGGCAAAGCAAUUGUUAACAGACACUUUCCCCAACAAACAGUCAUAGCUGUAGCUACAUGUAGCUAGAAUUUAUAUAGAAUAUUUAUUAUCGGAAAAUAAGAUAUUUUUUCAGCAAUUCCAA